UUUUAUUUCUUUUUUCAGGACAAGCGAAUAUUCCUCUUACCAUGGAUCGUUAACAUGAUCUCUUGCAGUACGGUUGACAUUUCACACGUAUUGUAUUUAAUCUUAAUAACGCCAAACUUUAAUCCAAUAAUGGCGAUGCUCUACACGCUGAACUUUUUCCUCCUGUGUUUAAACGUGUACUCUCUUCUAUGUGUUAUCUCACAAUAUCAAGAAUAUUUGGCCGAUCGUGGUACGGCAGCGGAUGACAACAACUACAGGGUCAGUAUUCUGAAAGUCUCACGAAGGAAAGGGCAACGUGAUAAGGGAGGAAAAGUUCCAGUUGUGAGAUACACAGUACAACCAACGACAACUGCAACAUCCUGUUUGAGCUCACGAAAAGCAACGACCAAUAACGAGACGAAGACAACACCAACCCCAACCCAAAGUCCAACUACAUCACGGUAUCUUUCGUUUCCUAUAAAGAGUCCUACGGUAGGACGAGCACAUAAAAAGCAUGUUCAAUUUCCGGACACCCCAACAUCAACGUCUACCUCAACGCCAACGGCAAUACCGAUGUCUAUGGAAAAAUCAG